UAUCAUCUGCCGUCUUAGCUCAGCUGGUAGAGCGCAUGGCUUUUAACCAUGUGGUCGUGGGUUCGAUUCCCACAGACGGCGCUUCCCGAUGUCUGUAUUUAGUUAUAUUUUAUUUUUUGGGUCUUCUUUUGGACCUUGGUUUUUUUUUUUUUUCUGUCUUCAUGGACUUCACGUCUCCACCACCAACAGUUUGCCAUUAAAUAGAAAUGCAACUUGUGCAAAAGAGAGAUCAUGGGAUGGCCAUGCAAUACACUAAUAACAGUAAUGAUAAUACCAACUGUACAAUCACAGAUUCACAAAAGAUUCUUCCACCGCCAUCUUCUCUCAUGCAUUUCAAUUUUCCAAAAUUUUCAUCUGCUCUCUGUUUCUCUCCGUCUCUAUCUUCUGAUAUCUCAACCCUACCUACCCUUAAUGGCACCCACGACAACACCUCACCCUCUCCUUGUUUUAGGCACUUCUUGCCUCAAUAACUUCCACCACUGCUGCUGCCCUCAGAUUCUUGUUUCCAAACUGUUGGCUUGUGAUCUUUCUUUGUGCAAAUAAUGAAAUUCGAAGACUUUCUGAUGCAAAGAAGCGAGGAGAAACAGAAAAGAUUUGAUCUUGAGGAAGAGGUUAUGAAAUUACAAUCAGAGUUAGAUGGACAACAAACACUAAACAGGUUUCUGCAUUGUGCUCUUCAUGGACCUCUGCUGUCACAUCCAUGCCUUUUAUCAUUGCUUCCACCUCAGGUUCAGGUGCUAUUUUCAGAGUUGGCAAUGGUGGAAGAAGAGAUUAGUAGGCUGGAAAGAAAAGUUGAAGAGCUGAAAUUGAGGUUGUACCAAGAGAGGGAACAUACCAAAGAAUGGGAAGUGCAGAGGAGGCAAGGGCAACAGAAUCACUUGCUGUGCAGAGUGGGAAAUCAGUCAGUGCUCAAUGAAGAGAGAUGUAGUAGAUCCCAGAACUAUGAGGCACUGAGAAAAGAAAGGAGGAUGAAGAAUAGAAGAGCCUCUGUGGAUUCUGCAUCAGAUUUCCAAAGGUGGAAUUUCCCAAAGUCAGAUGGAGAAAUUGCUGAAAUGUCAAGGAAGCUAAGUGGGAGAAGCAGAAACCAGGGCAAUGUGGAUAUUAAUGAAACUGGCAUUAGUCUGAAACCAAAUGAAAUCUCAGAAGAAGUGCUCAAGUGCCUUAUAGGCAUAUUUCUUGACCUAAAACAGACAUCAUUGGACAAAGAGGGAUCAUCUGUGGUCCCAAAGCUAACUCUCUCCUGCAUGAACUCAAAAGGGUUCAUGGCAAAAACCUCAUUCAACUGCAAAUCAUCCACAGUGUUCUUCAACUACAACACAUCCAAUGUUGACCCUUACUGCAUAUUACCGGAUAUAGAUGGCGCUGUCCGGGACGUUGGCCCGUACAAGAACUUCAUCCAAAUCAAAAGAAGCUCAUUAGACAUCAGCCGCUUAUCAGACUGUUUGACUGGAAUUGGAAAAUUGAGGCUUUUAAAGCUUUUAAGGUUGCAUCAAUUGUGUGAUGUGGACUUGACUUUCUUGACCUACAAGCAGAAGCUAGCGUUCUGGAUCAACAUCUACAAUGCCUGCAUCAUGCAUGCCUUUCUGGAACAUGGGCUGCCUUCCACGCAGGAGAAGCUACUGGCGCUUAUGAACAAGGCUGCAUUGAACGUGGGAGGCAUAGUGUUAAAUGCUCUGGCGAUCGAGCAUUUCAUACUCCGCCAUCCAUCUGAAUCGAAACAUGGGCCUGCGUAUGAGAAAGAAAUGCUACUAAGACAUGCCUACGGUCUCGGAUACCCGGAACCUAAUGUGACAUUUGCUCUUUGUCGAGGCAGUUGGUCCUCACCAGCAUUAAGGGUCUAUACCCCAGACGACAUAGUUAACGAGUUGGAGAGAGCAAAAGUGGAGUACUUAGAAGCUUCUGUUGGAGUUACAAGCAAGAAGAAAAUUCUGGUGCCAAAGCUUCUACAAUGGCACAUGCUUGAUUUCGCUGACGGUAUGGAAUCGUUGCUGGAAUGGAUUUACAGCCAAUUGCCACGCUCUGCUUCACUGAAAAGAUUGAUAAUGCAGUGCUUGAAUGGGGAAACGAAGUCUCCGAUAAACAAAAUGGUCGAAGUCCAACCUCAUGAAUCAGAGUUCCGGUACUUGCUGCCAUUGUGAGCCAAAUGACAAG